CGUGGAACCAGUGGUGCUGGCGUGCAUCGCGAUAUGGAAUCAUCUCUGUUGGAGACCUAUCACAUGCGCUUGAUUGCGGCAAGCUUUUCUCCGCAAGUCUGCUCAGCGCUGAUGAACACCAUCAACUCUUUAGCCGAGGUCUGCGACUACUUCUGGACAUCGGCGGUGAUGCUAGACCGACACGUUUCCGGAGGAUCUCGCGGCGCAGGAGUGCUCUCACCAGGUGGCGGCGCCUUUCUCCUGUUGCCGGGAGUAGCGGCAGCGAGUAUCGGGGGCGCGGAUAAGAAUAAGAAGGCUGCAUGGGCACAGUUUCUUCACCAGGUCGUCAUGGCAGCGCAAGUACAACUGUUGCAGGCUUCUUUACUUUCACGGAGCAUUGCCGGUGCGGCACUGUACAGGCACAUCACGGAGACGACUGUCCAGAGGCUCACGCAUUUUUGCGCAACGGUAUCGCUCACACACAGCGGAGGCCUCUGGCUUCGCAUGUCCGACCUCACGCGCCUCAGCAUUCUGGUUUCGGCCCUCUGCGGAACAGAUGAAGCACCAUUGCCGCGCGAACUAGACAAGCAAUUGGCCGCAGCGUUUAGUCCGCAAGGACUCGGAAUGACUGGUAUGCGUAUGGCAGGCAGGGUCGGAGGGCCUUCGGCAAACUCUCCAGGAGGCGCAGCAGUUGAGCCUGGCACAUUUGCACCUGGUGCAGCUGUUGCUGACGAAUCCUGUGACGC